AGGUUCAUGAAAGGAACAAAUCCUUUUUUUUUAAUUAUUAUUUUGUUGGACCUAAAAUUGACGACUCUGCCUCUUGAGCUAACUAUGGCUUUGCCGUGUACAUUUUAUUCUUGGUUAAAUCAGAUAAACACUUCCAAUAUUGAGACUUUUUCUUCACACCCUUUUGCAUCUUCUUGUUCUUUUCCUUCAUGAAUUUAGCUGGUUAAUUUUCUCUGACAACACACCUUUCAUCAUGGGAAACACUUGUGGAAAACCAGUUGCUCACGUGUCUUCCUCCAAUUUUAAUGGAAAUAAGAAGCCUGAAAGUAAGCCAAGGCAGCAUUCAAAUUCUUCUGAAAAAAAACCUGCUCCAAAAUCAUCAGAGUCAAAUCUUACCAAAUCCAUCUCUAGUAACCUUAAGUCCUUCAGCUUGAAUGAUCUAAAGGAGGCCACUAAGAACUUCCGGCGAGAAAAUUUAAUCGGCGAGGGAGGAUUCGGCCGCGUCUUCAAAGGAUGGAUUGAUGAAAACACAUAUGGUCCUACAAAACCAGGCAGUGGAAUUGUGGUGGCCAUUAAAAAUCUUAAGCCAGAAAGUUUCCAAGGACACAAGGAAUGGCUUACAGAAGUCAAUUAUCUUGGGCAGCUUCAGCAUGAAAAUUUGGUUAAACUUAUAGGUUAUUGCUUGGAAGGUAAAAACAGGCUUCUGGUUUAUGAGUUCAUGCAAAAAGGAAGUUUGGAGAAUCAUUUAUUCAGAAAAGGUGUUCAACCUAUGGCUUGGGUUACAAGGGUCAACAUAGCAAUUGGUAUUGCAAGAGGAUUAACAUUCUUACAUUCCUUGGACGCAAAUGUUAUCUUUCGUGAUUUAAAGGCUUCCAACAUCCUACUUGAUUCAGACUUCAAUGCAAAACUUUCGGAUUUUGGUUUGGCAAGAGAUGGUCCUACUGGAGAUAACACUCACGUUUCUACUAGAGUUAUAGGAACUCAAGGCUACGCAGCACCUGAGUAUGUUGCUACAGGUCACUUGACUCCAAGGAGUGAUGUAUACAGCUUUGGUGUAGUCUUGUUAGAGUUACUGACAGGAAGGCGUGCCGUGGAAGACGAUAGACCCGGAUUUUCAGAGGAAACACUGGUGGAUUGGGCAAAGCCAUUCUUGAGUGAUAGCAGAAGAGUUUUGAGAAUAAUGGACACAAGGUUGGGGGGUCAAUACUCCAAGAAAGGAGCACAAGCUGCAGCUGCACUUGCAUUGCAAUGCCUCAACACUGACCCAAAAUUUAGACCACCUAUGGUGGAAGUUCUAGCAGCAUUGGAAGGACUUAAUUCCACAAAUUCAUUCCCAAGGACACCAAAAUCUGAUAACCAUGCAACCAAACAUUCUGGUGCUCAUUCACAGAAGUAAAAUGGAAAUGCAAAAAUAUAAGCUUCUUGGCUUGUGUCUUUUUUCACUUUGCAUCAAAAGAAUACUAAGUUAUGCCAACAAAUGCUUUGUUCUUUCAUUUCUUUGCCUAUGUGAAGAAUGUCCAUCUUUGCGGGUUGUUGAGUGUAGAGUAUUACAUUGUGUUACAAGGUAUACAUUAAUUUGUAUGAAUUUUUUCAGCUCUUAGGAUGGGUAUUGUUACGUAUAUACAGAAUUGGAAAAAUUAAAUUUUAAUGGAUAUGUUUAAGUGAGUA